AAGUCUGGCGCAUGCGCAGUGACUAGCUACUGCAAAUCUGUAGAACGUGGAUUCGUGGUUUUAGGCUUGCUUCUUUAUGACAUUCGGCUCCGGAGGGAGGUCGGCAUGUUCGUGGCUCGGAGUAUCUCGGCAGAUCACAGAGAUCUUAUCCACGAUGUCUCCUUCGAUUUUCAUGGCAGGAGAAUGGCGACGUGCUCCAGUGAUCAAAGCGUGAAAGUGUGGGACAAAAGUGAAAAUGGUGACUGGCACUGUACCGCCAGCUGGAAGACACACAGUGGGUCGGUAUGGCGUGUAACAUGGGCUCAUCCGGAGUUUGGACAGGUGCUGGCUUCAUGUUCAUUUGACAGAACAGCAGCAGUGUGGGAAGAAAUCGUAGGCGAAUCAAAUGACAAACCUAGAGGACAAAGUCAUUGGGUCAAAAGAACGACACUUGUGGAUAGCAGGACAUCAGUAACCGAUGUCAAGUUUGCCCCCAAGCAUAUUGGCUUAAUGUUGGCAACCUGCUCUGCAGACGGUGUGGUGAGAAUAUACGAAGCUCCUGAUGUCAUGAAUCUUAGCCAAUGGUCUCUGCAGCAUGAAAUAUCUUGUAAAUUGAGCUGCAGUUGUAUUUCCUGGAAUCCAUCUAGUUCCCGAGCACAUUCUCCGACCAUAGCCGUGGGAAGUGAUGACAGCAGCCCUAAUAUAAUGGGAAAAGUUCAGAUCUAUGAGUACAACGAGAACACAAGGAAAUAUGUAAAAGCGGAAACCUUUAUGACAGUCACAGACCCUGUUCACGACAUUGCUUUUGCUCCAAACCUGGGCAGAUCUUUCCACAUCUUGGCUGUAGCAAGUAAAGAUGUACGAAUCUUUACAAUGAAGCCUCUGAGGAAGGAAUUGACCUCUUCAGGGGGAGUCACAAAAUUUGAAAUUCACACAGUGGCGCAGUUUGAUAAUCACAACUCCCAAGUGUGGCGUGUAAGCUGGAACAUAACUGGCACAGUCUUGGCAUCUUCUGGUGAUGAUGGAAGUGUUCGUCUGUGGAAAGCAAACUACAUGGAUAAUUGGAAAUGCACUGGUGUCCUCAAAGGAGAUGGGAACCCUGUGACUUCCAACCAGCAAGGAUUUUCUGGGUCCUCUGUUGGGUCCACUAAUCAGAGUUUACCUAACUCGGUUAAUGGGUCGUCUUCAUCCAGGCGUUCCUCUCUCCACCUGGAUAAUUCAAAAGUUGGCUCAAGAUGGUCCAGUUAUGCUCCAUUUAUACCUUCUCCGGUAGUAAACCCUUGUGAGACUGACCCAACCAGCCUUACCCGUCAUCCCCCUCGCAGGCGAAACAAUCUCCCACCGCUAAAUCCUUUACCUGAACAACAAGGAUUGUAAAUGUAGAUCAUUAAGACUUCAUUUUUAGGUGGGAGAGAUGAUGAGCAUACAAGAAAAGCUUGUGUAAGCACAUAGGCCCACAUUUAUCAGUGUAUUUGUGCUACUUUUUGGCCUAAACUGUGCCAAAAAUAUUUGCAAAUCGUGUGCAUCAAAACUGCAAAAAAAGAAAAGUUUAAUUCUUGCCAAAAGGUGAAAAAGUGGAUGUGGUCACUGAAGUUGGCGUGGUCUCAUUGCCGGCAUAGAUUUCAUUUUGGUAGUUUCAGGUAGUCCAAAAUGCACCAAAUGUAUCGAGGAGUGCACCUUUAAUAACUUUGGCACAAGCUACUCCAGCAAUUUAAAUUUUUUCAAAGACUGGCAUUUGAAACAUGAGUCUUCAUAAAUGUGGGUCAUAAUCUUAGUGCAGUAUCUAAUUUUAACUCUAUAAAUUUUGGCCCAGGUUUACUAAUCCUAUAGAUAGCAUAACGUUAGACCUACAUCAGAUAUAUACACGGGCUCAUGCUGGAUGACGAAACUGUUGCCAGGACAGACCCUUUUCUCUGACUCUAUACCAACUAUUGAUUGGCUUAGUUUGAGACGCCAUUUUUGUCAGAAAAUGGCGCAUUUUAGACCAUGACUCUUUAUCACAAAGUGACACCCCAUUUUUAUUAAGCCACACCCUCUUUCAAGCAAGUCAGGAAAAGUGUACAAAUCCUAGUUGUGCCAAUUUCAGCCUCUUUUUAGACCGAAUCUAGGCACAGGCGCAAUACUAAUUCUGGGUGUUUGUGUUUAAUGCUAUAUACAGUAUUACUAUGUGUGAACUGUGCCAGACCUUUUCACAGUCUAACAUACCACACAGUCUACAUGGAAAUACAGCAGUGUAAAUGAUUCAUAUUUGGAAAAAAAAAAUGUCAAUAAAGCAUCAUAGUUUAGUCAA